AUGGCUUGUAGCUUCCUUCUCUUCCUCUUAUUCCCUUACAUUAUAUCCACAAAUAUUCAUGCCUGCAAACAAACUGAACGCACCUCCCUCCUGUCCUUUGCCUCCGCUCUAUCUUCUCCUCCUUUAAAUUGGACAGCCAUGGAUUGCUGUCAUUGGAAGGGCAUCACUUGUAAUCAAGAUGGUUGGGUCAUCCAUUUGCUCUUGCCUUCCAAAGGGCUCAAAGGUGGCAUCUCUCUCACUUCACUUGGAAAUCUCACACAUCUCACCCACUUGAACCUUUCCCACAAUUCACUAUAUGGUUCACUUCAAACUCAGUUCUUCUUGUCUUUAAAUCGACUCAAGAUCCUUGAUUUGAGCUAUAACCUUCUUUCUGAAGAACUACCUCUUUCUCUGCCAUCCAACAAUAUCCGGAUACUGGAUUUGUCUAGCAAUCACUUCUAUGGUGCAAUUCCAUCUUCAUUCUUCCACCAAGCUAGCAACUUGAUUAGUUUCAAUGUCAGCAACAAUACCUUCACAGGGUAUGUCCCAUCCUCAAUUUGUCUCCAUGCUUCUCCCUUCCUUAGGAUAUUGGAUUUUUCCUCCAAUGAAUUCAGUGGCAACCUUGCUCCUGGGCUGGGGGAGUGUUUCGAACUGCAAAUUUUUCAUGCUGGUCAUAAUAACCUCUCAGGGUUACUUCCAGAAGAUAUCUAUAAUGCUACCAAACUUGAAGAAAUUUCAUUACCUCUCAAUUCACUACAUGGAGCUGUUAGUGAUAAAAUUGUCAACCUCACUGACCUUGCCAUACUUGACCUCGACUUUAAUAAUUUUGGCGGCGAGCUUCCGCUCAAAAUGGGGAAGCUGUCCAAGUUGAAGGUUGUGAUCCUUGAUUUCAACAAUUUUGAAGGUGCUUUGCCCUCAUCUUUGAUGAAUUGCACAAACCUUGUAGAAUUGCGUUUGGGAUCCAACAACUUGGAAGGAGAUAUCUCCAAGCUUGAUUUCUCCAGACUUAGUCAACUUACUAAACUUGACCUGUGGUACAAUAACUUCACUGGUACGGUUCCAGUAAGCCUCUACUCAUGCCGGUCCCUAAAAGCCAUUCGAUUGACAAGAAAUCAUCUAGAGGGACAAAUACAAGCUGAGAUUCUUUCAUUGAAAUCCUUGUCCUUCCUCUCGCUUGGUUACAACCGAUUCACCAACCUCACAGGGGCGAUGAAGAUAUUAAUGAGUUGCAAAAGUCUCCACGUACUCUUGCUUACUGGUUCCUUUAAAGGUGAGGGAAUACCAACUGAUGAUGACAUGGUUGAUUUUGAUGGAUUCCACAAUCUUCUGUUUUUGAGUUUGGCUCGUUCUGACCUUAUUGGUCAAAUACCUAUGUGGUUAUCAAAGCUCAAGAAUCUAGAGAUCUUGCAACUAGGUUUUAAUCAAAUUACAGGGCCAAUUCCAAGUUGGUUAGGGACUCUUCCUAGACUGUUUUAUAUAAGCUUGCCCAACAACCGAAUUUCAGGUGAAUUUCCAAAGCAACUUUGUAGACUACCAAGGUUGCUUUAUGAGCCUAUUUCAUCUCAAGCAGAGCAAUAUGAAAUUGAAUUGCCUGUCUACGGCCGCAUCGUAACCACAAGAACCUUUCCAUCCCGGAAAUUGGCUUUUUAUCGAGCAUGGAUAGACGUAGCUAACAAUAACAUUGUUGGAGAUAUACCUACUGAAAUCGACCAAUUGCACCAUCUCCGAGGGUUGGUUCUUAGCUCCAACAACUUCUCCGGCAUCAUUCCAGACGAAAUAUCUUACCUAAAAUAUUUAGAGAUUUUGGACCUCUCCACAAAUCACUUGUCUGGAAUAAUCCCAUCAUCAUUGACAAGCCUUAAUUUCUUGAAAUAUUUUAAUGCCUCAUACAAUAAUCUUGAAGGACCAAUACCAACGGGCACCCAGCUCCAAAGUUUCAACACUUCUGCCUUUGAGGGGAAUCCAAAACUUUGUGGUGCCCCACUUCCAAAAAAGUGUGGACAAAAUAAGAGCAUUGAUGCAGAUAACAAGAACAAUAAAGACGUGGACAAUGAGCUUCAUCACCUUCCGUGGUUUUAUGUUUUUGCUGCGUUGGGGUUCAUAUUGGGAUUUUGGGGAGUCUGUGGUUCUUUAAUUAUUAACAAGACAUGGAGAUAUGCGUAUUUUCAAUUCACAGACAAUCUACAAGAUAGGCUCUAUGUGAUGGUAACAGUGUGCAUCAACAUGAUGAAAAGAAGGCUUAGAAGCUAG